CUAGUUUACAUGCGCGGAGAUGGAGCCUGCGCUCGGCUAAUGCUGCCGGCGCAAGUUCCCGCUCAGGGUGAAGACAGGUCGGCGUUGGCGUCCGGUUUCACUUGAGGGCGUUGCACUCGAGAUCUCCAUCGACUGCGCGUAGAGGCGGAACCGAGGCCCUUGAGAGGGGCGCGGGUGCACGGUCAGCGGGACCGAGGGGACGGCGCGGAGCCCCAAGGCAGACCGAGGCUCGCGAGCCUGCGGGCCGAGGCCGCGUCAGGCUCCACGCUCUCGACUCGAGAAGAGGCCCCCGCGUGCUGUGGGGGCUGCCGUUGUCUCGCCUCGCUGGGCACUACCGUGACGCUGUAACCAUCGUGUGGAGGAGAUGGAGCAAUUCCUGUGGGAAAACAAGAACCUCCUGGCGGAGGUGUUGGCCCGAGGUGGAGCCGGUUGUGCAGAGAAACGCGCGACAAACGCCGGGGACGACGGGGAGGCCGUGGCAGCAAGUGGGGGAGCGGUGCGUGUACACGCUGUGCUGGGAAAUGAGGCUUGCGACUUGGACUCGACCGUGUGUGCGCUCGUCUACGCACACUUUCUCGCCAAGACUCGCCCUGCCGGCACUCAUGUGGUGCACAUGCCGGUGCUGAACAUUUCACGCGAAGACCUCCCGCUGCGCCCCGAUGUGUGUCGCCUGCUCGGGAGCCUGGGUCUGUCUCCCGCAGCCCUCACCUUCCGCGACGAGGCCAGCCUGCACACCCUGCACGCUCGCCAGAAGCUCACCCUCACUCUCGUCGACCACAACCUCCUUCCACAUAUGGACACAGAGCUGGAACCUGCCGUGGUGGAGGUGAUUGACCACCAUCGUUUGGAGCGUCCCCCUUCACCAGGCUGCUGUGUUACGGUGGAGCCUGUAGGGUCCUGCGCCUCCCUAGUGGGGGCAGCCAUGCUUCUUCAAGCCCCACACCUCCUUGAUCUCACGUGUGCCACCAUGCUGGCCGCUGCUAUCGUGGUGGACUGCGUGGACAUGAGGGUGGAGGCUGGGCGCGUGACCACGCGUGACCGGGAGGUGCUUGCUGAGUUGCGGCGCCGCUUCCCACUGCUGCCUCCAAGCCACGACACCUUCAUCACGCUCCACGCUGCCAAGUUUGACGUGUCUGGACUUACGGUGGAGCAGACUCUGCGUAAGGACAUGAAGGUGCUGAAGAGUGGUGAUAUCAGUGUGGCUGUAUGUGCACUCUUCACUCCACUAGAGGAAUACCUGGGGCGACCGCAACUGGAGGAAGACUUGCGCGCUUUCUGUCAGGCCCGGGGUCCGGCUGAUGGCUACGCUGCACUCGUGCUCAUGGCGGUCUCCUUCCCGGAGGGGAGCCCCGUGCCCUCUCGACAGGUGGCUGUGUACAGCUGCUGUGGAGCACUGCAGGCGCAGAUCUGUGGGGCAUUGCAGGCGGCCGAUAGCCCCGACUUGCAGCUGCGUGCGAUGGAGAGCAGGUGCCCCGUGGUGUCCAGCUUCCAGCAAGGCACACACUCUGCUACCCGCAAGCACGUGCUGCCCAUCCUCGCAGGCUUCCUGCAGAGGUAGCAGCAGUCACCGUCCCUCUGCCGCCUUGCAGACGCCGCGUUGGCUCCUGCUGGUUGGGGUGGACCAGGGCUGCCACCUUGUCCAGAGACUAAAGCCGGACAAAGUUUUACUGCCAUUUAUACCUCUUCCAGUACAUUAAUCAAUAUUGUGAACAUAUCUAUAUACACUUUAAUACUAGUGUUAUUAUUAUUUUUUUUCUUUCCUUAAACAGUGCCAGUUUUAUUAUACUGUAUUGUGUUUAACCAUGAUUCAUAAUUAGUUUAUUUUGGGUUAGAUCGUAUUGGUAUGUACAUUUUUUAAUAUAGCCCUCCACCACUGGAGAGCCAAUCAAAUUAUGUUGUAACUUGGGUGGAAAUGUGCCAAUCGAUUUGGUUUAUCAGCAAAACUGGAGGAAUGUUAAUGUUGCACACUCGAAAUGAAGGACGUGGGCAGGUGCUCCAAAUCGAGGGCAAGCACAUUUAUUUAUUAUGGUUAAUAUUAAUCUUGGGAAGAACAGCACCGUCACUCUGUAAAAUGCAACAACACGUGUGUUACAACCAGCCUUGCGCCCGAGUCGCCAUUAACCAUGUGACUGGUUUACACGUACGGUUAUUCAUUAACCCUUUCUCUUAAACCCAAUUCUACUACUGAUAAACCAUCCUUGUCUUUGACAAUCGCAUUUGCACAUCACUAUUCGACUAUUACUUUAAUCCUAAGCUGUAUGUCUAUCUAUACCAUCCACUUAUAUCGGUAUAUUACACCCAUUAUAUGUACUGUAUGUGUACAGUAUACGUACUGUAUCUCACCGUUGUACAGCUUACUACUUUACAUGUGUUCUAUUCUCAAUAGCAUUGCAAGUAGUCAUACUCUGGGUACAUGGGCAUGGUUAUAGACUAAACAGUAUUAGAGUUAGAGAAUUACAAUGACAGUAACUAAUUACAGUGCGUCAUCCCUUUACAAUGCACAGUGCUAAAACGCCUCUAAUUGCAUAUAUCACAAACGAACAAUUCAAAGCAAAGGCUUAAAGUCUAGAACAAGUCUAGAACAAGUCUAGAACAUUUAUAUAACGAUCAAAAACAACAUUUGGGUCCUUUACCUGUAAAAUGCAACAACACGUGUGUUACAACCAGCCUUGCGCCCGAGUCGCCAUUAACCAUGUGACUGGUAUAUCCGCGUGGUCAUUCAAUAACCCUGCCAGCCACCUUACAGGCCCGACUCAGUCAUCACAUGCUGCUGUACAUACAUGCAUUGAUGCACUGCACAGCCCAUCAGGACUUUCACAGAACCACACUUUACUCCCUUGCUGCACAAGGACAUACUUAAAAGAGUGAUCCAUUCCUAAUGUGCCACAUUAAAAAGUAAAAUGUUUACAAUUUGUAUUCGACCUUUAGCUGGAGAUUAUAGCCAGCAUCAUCAGGCAUUUAAUAACAGCUCAGCUUUUGAAGACCCACAUCAGGAAGCUCUUUUAUGCAAGAGUAUGAGCUUUUGUUAAACGCUUGAUGAUGCUGGGUGUAAUCUCCAGCAAAAUGUCAUAUAAGCAUUGUCAGCAUUCUGCUUGGGCUUUUCUAGUUUUGUUGGUCAACCAAACCACUCAGCAUAUUCGCCCCCACGUGACAACUUGAUAUGAUUGGAUCUGUCGGGCGGAGGUUUAUGGUUAACAUUGACAAUACCUACAUGACCAUUUAACCCAAAAUAAACUAAUUAUAAACCAUGAAAAUUGGUUAUGAACGUCUACCUAUAAAACUAGUAUUUAACUGUGUUGUGGCUCUUAAACUGCCCUACAUUUGCCAAUUGAGUGGACAUGGACUUUGCUCUUGUAGUUCCAUUGGUACAUUGGGAGAGAUUUGCACGAUGGCACCGUUAGCGAUCACGCAAUGAUUGUUCAGCCUUGUGGGUCUAGCCAGGUCGCCAGCUUUUCCACAGCAAACCACCCAGAUAUAUUUCUCAACCAGCCUGAGACUAUCUAAACUGUGCAAGAUACGGUAUGAAAGUAAAACACAUUACCACCAAAG